GUCCGGUGUCUUCUGGGAUACAUGACAGGUCCCAGAAGGCUCCAGGCCAUUCACAAAGUGCAGCGCUUCUCGCGCAUGCUCAGUCCGCAGUCUCUGGUAAUCUCCUUUACUGUCUGCAGUCUCUGGUAAUCUCCUUUACUGUCUGCAGUCUCUGGUAAUCUCCUUUACUGUCUGCAGUCUCUGGUCAUCCCCUGCACUGUCUGCAGUCUCUGGUCUUCUGUACUAUGUCCGCAGUCUCUGGUCAUCCCCUGUACUGUGUCCGCAGUCUCUGGUCAUCCCCUGUACUGUGUCCGCAGUCUCUGGCCAUCUCCUGUACUGUGUUUGCAGUCUCUGGUCAUCCCCUGUACUGUGUCCGCAGUCUCUGGUCAUCCCCUGUACUGUGUCCGCAGUCUCUGGCCAUCUCCUGUACUGUGUCCGCAGUCUCUGGUCAUCCCCUGUACUGUGUCCGCAGUCUCUGGUCAUCCCCUGUACUGUGUCCGCAGUCUCUGGCCAUCUCCUGUACUGUGUUUGCAGUUUCUGGUCAUCCCCUGUACUGUGUCCGCAGUCUCUGGUCAUCCCCUGUACUGUGUCUGCAGUCUCUGGCCAUCUCC